AGCGCCCAUCAUCAUCAUCAGCAGCAGCUCCCACCACAACGCGCUCGCGAUGAGUAAAUGAAAGAAAUCCAUCCAAGCAGUGGAGGAUGAUGCUUAUGGCUGUCACAUCCCGAGGACCACCAGCGACAGACACCUCGAAAAUGUGAUGUUAAUUGUUACUGCUGCAAGUGAACGAUGGCCUCAGUCGGCGUUUUCGUGUGGUUCAUAGUGGUGGUCACCAUCCUCUCUAAGUCGCACGCGGACCGCAACGUUUAUCCUUCUGCCGGAGUGCUUUUCGUCCAUGUGCUAGAGAGAGAAUACUUUAAAGGCGAGUUCCCACCCUAUCCAAAAGCAGGUGAUGCAAGUAAUGACCCAAUCACAUUUAACACCAACCUUAAAGGCUAUCCAGACAGGCCUGGAUGGCUGCGGUACAUUCAGAGAACGCCACAUAGUGACGGAGUUCUCUAUGGCUCGCCAGCUGCUGAGCAUGUGGGCAAGCCAACCAUUAUAGAGAUUACAGCAUAUAACAGACGCACUUUUGAAACUGCCAGGCACAACUUGGUCAUAAACAUCAUGUCUACAGAAGAAUUUCCCCUGCCCUAUCAGGCUGAGUUCUUCAUCAGGAACAUGAAUGUUGAGGAGAUGUUGGCCAGUGAGGUAUUGGGAGAUUUCCUCGGUGCUGUAAAGAAUGUGUGGCAGCCCGAGAGGCUCAAUGCCAUCAACAUCACUUCAGCACUGGACAGAGGUGGACGAGUCCCCUUACCCAUCAAUGACCUGAAAGAGGGCGUGUAUGUGAUGGUGGGAGCAGAUGUGCAGUUCUCGUCAUGUCUCCGAGAAGUUGAGACUCCACAGAACCAGCUGCGCUGCAGUCAGGAGAUGGAGCCCGUCAUCAGCUGCGACAAGAAGUUCAGAGCUCAGUUCAACAUUGAUUGGUGCAAGAUCUCUCUGGUGGACAUCACUAAGGUAGUUCCUGUGUACAGUAAUCGUCCAGACCCGGGCACAGGAGUGCUACCAGACAUCGGAGAGUACAACCCGCCUUCUGAGACACUGAAAAGUAGAGACUAUUUUGCUGACUUCCUGAUCACACUAGCUGCGCCUUCGGCUGUUGCCCUGGUCCUCUUCAGCAUCCUUGGCUACUCCAUGUGCUGCCGGCGGGAAGGGGUGGAAAAAAGAAACAUGCAAACACCAGAUAUUCAGCUGGUUCACCACAGCUCCAUUCAGAAGUCUACUAAGGAGCUUCGCAACAUGUCUAAGAACAGAGAGAUCUCGUGGCCCCUCUCAACACUGCCGGUCUUCCACCCUGUGAGCGGAGAGGUGGUGCCGCCCAUCCACCCCGACAACUACGAGACUACCAGCAUGCCACUCAUGCAGACGCAGACAAAUCUUCAAAAUCAGAUCCAGAUUCCACAGCAGCAAACCUCUGGAGAUAAUUAUUGUAUGUCAACUUUUCGGAGGCUAGAGGUAAAUGGUAUUCCUGAGGAGAGGAAGGUUGCAGAAGCUCUAAAUCUGUGAUGAGGUCCUAUUUUUACCUGUUUAAUUUGCGCCAAAUGUGCAUGUGUUGCAGUAGCUUUAAGCUCAAUGCACAGGUCUGAAAGUGCAAUGCUCAAAACAUUGUAUUCACAGUGUGGAAGUAAUGUUAAGAUGGACACACUGAAGGGAUAUUUAAAUGGAGAUCAAAAUUAAACAUGUCAUCAAAGUAUUAUAAUUUUAAGUAGGAGUCCCCCUCAAAUAAAGAUACUGUAUACUUUUGUCUACCACUAAUGGGGGCACAUUUAAAGGGGUAUGCUGAUGCUUGAUAUUGCUCUUUUUUGUUGUUGUUCUCUUACACAAGUAAAUAUGUUUUGAUAAAUAAAUUAAUACACUUGUCAUAAAAAAAAAAAACUGUCUAGUUUGUUCUGGGGUAUGAGUGUUCAGUGAGUGUUAAAAGAAUGUUCCGUGUAUAAUACAAGUUAGGCUCAUUCAACUGCAUUUGUGGCAUGUUGUUGCUUUCCACCAAAAACUCGUUUUGAAGACUGCGUGCUAGGUAGGACGCGUCCUUUGAAGGCUGCAGCAUACCGAGUGUCCUCCUUUAAACAAAUCUCGUUUAAACGAGUCGGCCUUCGUAGGACAAACGGAAAUGGAAAGUAACAUGGUUGCUAUGACAGCACGCCACUCUUUAACAAGCACGAGCGCUUUAAGUGAGAAGGGAACAAAGUCCCUCUAGAAGGGAGUGUAUGAGGUAAAUUUUAGUAUAGUUAUAAUAAUGUAAAGAGAAAAGAAAAUAGAUUUUACAGGUGUACUUUUAGUCUAAUACUUUAUUUUAAUUAUAUAUUAAUAAUAAUAUAUAUAUUAUAUACUCUGCACCCAUCUACUGAGGUACUUCAACUUGGGAAUUAGCAUUCCUUGUGUUUGAACAUCAUAUUUACGGGCAAAUUGGCAUCUUUUUUUUUUUUUUUUAGACAUUU